AUGUCUUGGAAACUUGGUUCCAAAAAGUCGAAGGACGGCAAAGAAAAUGGUGUCAUCUCGCGAUCCGUAACCCCAAUUCCCUCGCGGCCCACAACGCCCAAACCUCCUGGACCUGAUCAGUUCAGGUCUGGUAUGCUGACUAUUCGCAUCUUCUCUGGUCGUGGUCUAUCCCUCGCGCCCGGUGUGCAAGUCCCUGAUGUCAUCCAAAGGGCGCUUGACACAAUCCCUCCUGCUCGCAAGUCCACUAGUAACAGAGAAAGCAUGCAGCGCAAACGAUACUGGUGGCUUCCGUAUGUCGUACUCGAGUUCGACAAGAACGAAAUCCUUAUCGAUGCAAUGGGAGGCGAUCUUUCCAAUCCAGUCUGGAACUAUCGUGCCGAUUUCGAUGUCUCACGUACAUCAAACAUCUCGGUCUCCUCUUACCUGCGAACAGCAGCUGCUGUGCAAGGCCAGGAUGAUAUGGGCAACGAUCUGCUUAUGGCUCGCGUUGAUCUCACGCCCAUGCUCGAGGGACAUCACGCCUCGGACCAGUGGUACAGCGCCACAGCCGGGUUUGGGUCAUUCCAUCUCAAAAUAGAUUUCAAACCAAUUCGAAAUGAACCGCUCACAAUUGAGGCCUUUGAUUUGUUAAAGGUCAUUGGCAAGGGCAGCUUUGGAAAAGUUAUGCAAGUCCGGAAGAAAGACACACAGCGUAUAUAUGCGCUCAAGACUAUCAGGAAGGCUCAUAUUGCCCAGCGCCCUGGAGAGAUCACACAUAUUCUAGCGGAACGCACGGUCCUUGCUCUGGUCAACAAUCCAUUCAUUGUCCCACUCAAGUUCUCUUUCCAAAAUCCAGACAAGCUGUAUCUCGUGAUGUCGUUUGUCAAUGGGGGAGAACUCUUCUAUCACCUGCAACGAGAGGGAAAGUUCGACCAAGAUCGGAGCCGCUUUUACGCUGCCGAACUCCUUUGCGCGCUUGAGCAUCUUCACGGCUUCAACGUUGUUUAUCGUGACCUCAAACCUGAGAACAUUCUUUUAGAUUACACUGGCCAUAUUGCUUUGUGCGACUUCGGGCUUUGUAAGCUGAACAUGUCGGAGACGGAAAAGACCAACACUUUCUGUGGUACGCCGGAGUACAUUGCUCCCGAGCUGCUAGAAAGCCAGGGCUACACUAAGACCGUCGACUGGUGGACUUUAGGGGUCCUUCUUUACGAAAUGAUGACCGGCCUUCCACCAUUCUACGAUGAAAACGUAAAUACCAUGUACCAACGCAUCCUUACCGACCCGCUCAACUUCCCGCCCGACAUGCCAUCCGAGGCUAGGAGCGUCAUGACCGGUCUCCUGCAGCGCGACCCCUCGAAGCGUCUUGGCGCAAAUGGAGGUGAAGAAAUUAAGAGGCAUCCCUUCUUCGCCAAGUAUAUCGACUGGAAUCGGCUUCUCGCCAAAAAAAUUCAGCCACCUUUCAAACCGAGCGUGGAAUCUGUGUUGGACGUUGCCAACUUUGAUCCCGAUUUUACUAACGAAGAGGCGCAAGACUCUGUCGUCACUGAUUCUGCCCUAUCCGAGACCGUCCAAGAUCAGUUCAGAGGGUUCACAUACAACCCGGCCAACGAACACCUCAGCGAAAGUGUCAGCUAUCCGAGUGCGAUUUAA